AUGACUGAUACUGACACUAUACGUUCUUCGCAACCAUCUGUGGGCAAGCGCUCAGCAUGUGAUCGCUGUCGGACGCAGAAGCUUGGCUGCAUGCGCGUCAAUGGACAUCCCACCGACGCCUGUUUGCGGUGUGUGCGCUCCCAAGUUGAAUGCGUUACCAGUUCGUCCCGCAGGCCUGGCCGGCCCGCAAAGGCUGCCGCUGCCAGAAAUAUGAGCAGUACGGGGCCGUCUCCGCAGCGUAAUGAUUAUGCUCCUGUAUUAGGCCUCCUGGACGUGGACUUGGAUGUGGAUGUGGCCGAUACAUUCGACUUCGCCGCUGUGGAGGUGCCUUUUGAGAUCCCGUCUAGCUUUUGGGGGUCGAAGGGUAUCGCAAACCUCUACCCUGACGACGGCUGCUUUCCCGAUUCAGGGAUAGGCGACGACCGCUCACCUAGCAUGCCUGCCCUUGAGCUCUUCCCUUCCGACAACGCCGGCCCGCUGCGCAAAUACCGCAUGCAACUGGCACACGUCCAGCAGACCCUAUAUAAACAGCUGUUUCGCGUCCAAUCCAGCCAUUGCGACCUGGCCGAGGUGCUGCGCGUCACCUGUGUUCAUCAUCAACACAUGACGUCUUGCGAAUCGUCCCCCACCAGUCGUGCCACCUCGACCUACCCCUCCCGCACCCCCGCCAACCCCCUCGCCACCGUCGCAACCAUAGCUGCUGAAUUUGUCGACAUCUUAUCCGCCUUGGUGCCGUCUGCCCUCGGCCCGCACGACCAUCCCACCCGUUCAUCACAUCCUAACCCUCACUUAAGCAGCCCCGACCUGCUCAUCAUCCUCUCCUGCUACAUCCUUCUCAUCCAUAUCUACGACUACAUUCUUGGGCAGCUCCUAGCUCAGGUAACGUCAAAUCCCGCGGCCUUGGAGACAGCCCUCCAGUCCGCCCCGGUGCUCUCCCUCGGCGGGCUAGCUGUCCCACCGCCCCGGCAUCUCCCGGCUCAUCUGGUGCUGGUGUUGUUAAACAACCAGCUCCUGCCCAUUGAGGCUUUUCUCGGGAUACCUGACUCUCUUCGGGUUUCGGAUGUCAAGGAGGUGGGUGGGACCCCGACGGGUGGAAGGUUUGGGCAGGGGCAGAGGGAUGGGCUCUUCAGCGGGGCAGGGGGGCAGGCUCUUUGCAUGGCCUUGGUGCAGGUUGAGACCGAGCAAGCUGUUGGUGGGACAGGUGGUUUGGGUGUUAUUGCCGCGUUGAGGGAGAAGAAGGUUAGGGUUCUAGAGUUAUAG